AUGCAAAACCAAAGGAACUAUGCAAAGCAAGAACUGAUAUAUGAUUUAUUAUUUGGAAAUCAUCAGAGAAGAUCCCCAAAAGGAGGAGUUGGAAACCUCGGAGAUUCUGAUGAAUGUUUAAUUUGCAAAAGAGACAAACUUGUAGUUGCCGAAAAUUUAGGAGUUGAGCUAUCUGAUAAUAUAGUUGAGUUAUUAUGCAUAGAGUGCAAAAGAGGCUUGUUUUCAUUUGAAGGGUUUAGGUACCAAUGUAAGCAAGUAAAGAAUUCUGUCUCAAAUCUGGAAAGUAUUAGUGUCGUACUGAAUGAGCAGAUGAGAAAACUCUCUUAUUUAAUUAGAAAAGAAAAGAAUUUAGUCGGAAAUUCAACGAAAAUCGAGCAGAACAAAGUUCCUGAUUGGUGUAAUAGGGACAUUCCCUCCAAAUUUGGGAAAGGCAAUAUCAAGUUUCAAGAAGGAAUCGAACAAAUUAAGAAGGAUAUUACUCAUGAUGAGGAGUCCAGACUUUCAGAUCAGCUACAAAUUUUUCAUGGAGACUUACUUAACUUACAGGAGACAAUAUUUACAUUCAUCAAUGUAUUAGAAGCAUAUAUAGAUACGCCUUGGAUUUCAGUAUUAAAAGAAGCAAGAUCUAAGCAAGAGACCCAGCCUUGUGUUACAAACUUUCAAGAAGAUAAAAAUAUUAAUCCAGUUGAUUCUGUGAAAAUUGAAGUUAGUGACGACCAGAACAAAGAAAUCAAUACGACAGCUCAGAGAAUUGAACGAAUUAGAAAGCAGCAAGAAAAAGUUCGUCAGCAAAUUAAAGCUCUCUAUGACAAUGAUAAUACUGACCUACCGGAUAUUAAUGGGAGUAACUACUUCAAUUCAAUUGAUAAAGAAACUAACAAGAACAAAAUAGGUAACUACUUUUUGUUCACCCAAGAUACUUUGCAAUCCGAUGAAGAUCUAAUUAAAGAAGAUCAUAAGAAUGUGAAUGUGAAAGAAGCAAAUAUACCAAACCAACUAAUGCUGAGAAACUAUGAUAUACUUUGGUCUCCAUCUUCUGCUUCAGCAUCUUCUGACAAUGACUCUAGUUAA